UCCAAUGUCUUCUCCAUGUUCGAACAGUCCCAGAUACAGGAGUUCAAGGAGGCUUUUGGCUGCAUUGACCAAGACAGAGAUGGUGUUAUAAAAAAACAGGAAAUGAAGGAGACCUAUGCACAGCUGGGGAAACUUAAUGUUAAAGAUGAGGAGUUGGAAGAGAUGUUGAAUGAAGGCAAGGGUCCCAUAAACUUCACAGUGUUCCUGACUCUUUUUGGGGAGAAACUCAAUGGUACCGAUCCUGAAGACACCAUACUGGCUGCCUUCAAACUGUUUGACCCUAAUGGGACGGGUUUUGUUAAUAAGGAUGAAUUUAAACGGUUACUGAUGAACCAGGCUGAUAAAUUCACAGCAGAAGAGGUGGAUCAGGCCUUUGCUCUGGCUCCCAUUGACCCAAGCGGCAACAUUGACUACAAGUCACUCUGCUACAUCAUCACUCAUGGAGAUGAGAAGGAAGAAUCCUAA